AUGGUUCGCCACAAGAAAGAUGGCUUCGGCCCUAAAGGCAAGAAAUACGCCAACGCCCCCCGCCAACGAGGCCCCAGGGACGACGACUCCGAUGCUCCUCAUGCCCGCCCCUCUUUUCGAGCCGCCUGCUGGGAUCUCGGUCACUGCGAUCCGAAGCGUUGCUCCGGCCGCAAACUUAUGAAGCAAGGCCUCAUGCGCGAACUGGCGAUCGGCCAGAAGCAUUCCGGCGUCAUCAUCACCCCGAACGGCAAGGCGACCGUCUCCCCCGCCGAUCGCGAGACGAUGGAGGCCUACGGCGCGGCGGUGGUAGAGUGCUCAUGGGCGCGAACGAGCGAAGUGCCCUGGCCACGUAUCGGCGGGAAGUGCGAGCGUCUGCUACCUUAUCUUGUGGCGGCGAACUCGGUGAACUACGGAAAGCCAUGGCGGCUAAAUUGCGUGGAGGCCCUGGCGGCAGCGUUUUAUAUAUGUGGACAUCCUGAGUGGGCAAAGGAGGUGUUGGCGCCAUUUAGCUAUGGCAGCGCGUUCUUGCAAAUUAAUAGCAGUAUCCUGAAGCGUUACGCUGCGUGUGAGGAUGAAGCGGGUGUGAAGAAGGCACAGGAGGCGUGGAUGGAGAGAUUGGAGAAGGAAUAUACGGAUAGUAGGGAGGAAGGGGCAGCGGAUGAUAUUUGGAAGACCGGGAACACCAACCACAGAGCCGCCGUGAGUUCCGACGAAGACGACGAUGAGGAUGCAGAAGACGACGACGAAGAGGGUAGCAUAGACCGAAUAUACCUCGGCUCCAAACCCCCGAAAAUCCCCUCCGACCCAUCUUUGUCUCUCCCCCAAAACGACCGCGAUCCCUUCGAUAUCUCUGACGACUCCGACGACGAAGCCGAGAUGGCUGAACUGCGCCGGCAGGUUCUCGCCUCGAAACCCUUCUCUAGCCCCGCCUCAACUUCUAAACCCUCUCCGGCGCAUAUUCCGCGCCCCGAGCCGGUUGCUGUACAGGCGGAUUCAGAUAAUGGAUCCGAUGGAGAUGAUGACGAGUUCGAUAGAAUUAUUGAUGCAACAGUUGUUACUGACCGGACGGGGAUCGAAGCGAAGCAAAGGGCGAGGAGGGAGGAUGUUCCGCUUGCGAGCGUUAGCUAUUCACGAACGGUGAUCGGAGCGCCGAAGAAGAGGUAG